AUGGCUGACUUUAUCUCUCGGUCGCUGACCACUCGCCGGGCGAAGAAGCCCGAGAAGAUUGCUUCUCCUCCUAGCCGCGCAUUCAGCAUGAAGAAGGCUUCCAACUCCUCCAUCAACCGCGUCCAGAUCUCCGGACCGGUCAAUCUCAUUUCUACCACGAAUAUGCUCUCCUACAACGCUCCCGAUAUUGCUGGAUUACGCCAAGUCUCGAACGAAUCUCAUAUGACCACGCACUCCGAGGAAUCGGACCGCAGCUCUACUUCUAGUGGCUCCCGCGGUGUCUCUACGGAUGCAUCUUCCUUGGAUUCCCUUCCUACGUCGCCCGAGACGAACCACUUGACCGGUUUUUUCGACUCCGCUAAGAAGGCUGCCCCCGAGAGAUCCCGCACUCCCCGCUCUGCUUCCAACUCGAUUUCGCACUCCAAGUCUUCGUCGCGCCCGAGCAUCGACCAGAGUCACAGGUCUCUGGAAUCGAAGCGUUCGAUGGACAACAUUCAAUCGAAGCGCUCCCUGGAUUCGAAGAGGUCUUUCGACAUUGGCCCAGCCAAGCGCAGUCUGGGAACCAAGAGGUCAAUCGACAGCAUUCGGGCAGCCCAGGAAUCCAGCCGAAAGGCUGAGGAAUCGAUCCCUGACGUUCCGCAGCGGGCGCUCUCGCACAGCAAAGAGGCGCAUGAAGUUGUGGCGCGCAAGAGAUCGAUUCGCGGCAUGGGUCCUCCUAGCAGCCUCCACGGCCGCAGCUCUUCACUCCAGGAACAGCGUUCAUCCGUGGAUUUCUUCAGAAGCGGAGGCGGCGUGGAACCGAACCACCCUUUCGGACGCGAAUUGGAACAGCUGAACGAAGUUGCCGAGGAGCUCGGGGGCGUAAUUCGCGAUGUUGAGAUGGACGAAGACACGAGAUACAUGGUAGAGCGCGGGCUGCAGAAGUUCUGCGCCUCCGACUACUUGGCUGAGAUCGCACCGUUCAUGGCGGCAACAUACAGCAAGCGACCACUGGCACCCACGCCGACGCUCAGCACCACCUGGAUCUAG